UGUAACACAGCAGAUAAGAAAUCAAAGGACAACUUCGGAAUUUGCAGGGGUCCGAAUUUUCUGUUGCCGAUUUAAUAUAUCUUCCGGUGUGUUAUAGUUGUCCAAUUUGUUUUUAAAAAUUCAAGUAAAUUAUAAGGACAACUACAAAACUUUAUAUCAGUGGACUUAAAAAACUUAAGUUAUUUAAAAAAGUUACUGUUUUAGAUCUGUGACUUUAACUGGCUAGAAGGAGGCCACAUUAAUCCCGAGGGAUAAUCAAAUGGCUAUAUGAACUCGUGCCAAAGUGUUGACCAAAAUAAAUACACCUUUUUCUGAAAUAGUGUAACAACUAGUUACCGAGGCAUGACUCAGUGGCUUCACUAUAAUGCAUGCAUUCAGUUCGUAAUUAACACUCGGUUGAUAUAGACCACCUUUGAAAAGGCAAAAGUUCUCCCCAUUAAUACCUACUAUCUAUAAGAAGUAUUGAUAAGAUUCGGUGUCUGGAAAAAACUGAACCAAAAAGUAAAACGCAAUACAAAAAUUAGUAAAAUGAACAAUUCGUACGUGUCAAAACUUAAUGCCGACUGCAUCUAUGAAAUAUUCAGACAGAUUAAAGCCAGAUGUGAAAUAGAAGAAUCUAAUUGUUCUAUACCAUUUAUUAUUUAUGGAGAACUGUUUAGAUUUGCGGUGUCUUUUAAAAGGAUUUAUGAUUUGUUCAAACAUUGGGAUCGAAAACUAUAUUAUAUAUUAAGGCGACGACAAAACGAAUUUAAUGAUAAGCUUCAUAUAAAUUUUGAUAAUCUGUAUCAGGAACUGCAAGUAGCUACACCAAAGCAACAAAAUAUGUUUUUUGAAUUUUUGAUUGAUGACAUAAAUAAAAAGAAACAAUUAUACGAUGUUUCUUUAACAUAUGAAACUGGUCCAUAUAAUAGCAAACAUUUGGAAUUCGUCGAAAUGAUUAUCAACGCAUGUCAAAAAAAGUCUAUGGUAACAAAUUUGAGUAUAGAGAUGCCAGGAUAUUCUCUUAACAAUAAUUUAUCACAUUUCCAAAAUCUCCGUGAGCUGGUUUUAGAUGUGAAAAUAGAUGCUGAUGAAUUAGUCGAAUGUUGCAAGUCGAAUCCAAAUUUGCGUGAACUUUACAUCAGAAAGAAUGAAAUCUAUGGUAGAUUGUCGGACAUCACUUUAGAUAAAAAUAGCUUAAAGCAUUUGGAAACAUUAUGUUUCGUAAUGAAAACUGAAAUUGAUGCUGUUGAAUAUGCACCUUUGGCAAAUCUUCCAAAACUACAAGAUUUAGGAAUAGUUGGAACACAUGAAAUCGGAUCCUUAAAGCCCCUUUUUAGACGUUUGGCUGAAAGAAAUAUGCUUGUGUGUUUGAAUAUUCCAAAUGCCGAUAUGAAUGAUGAAGAAAUCCAUGCCAUCUCUCAGAUAAAAUCAUUGGAAGGUUUGGCGUGUGGUUUCAUUCAACCAAAAAGCAUUCACCAUCUUUCAAAUUUGAAUAAUCUUGAAAGCCUGGAAAUAUAUUCAGAAAAUGAAGUCGUUAAUACGAUAAAUGAUAUAGUAAAAAUGUUAAUGGCGAGCAAAACAAAAUGGAUUCAAAUUGAUUUCUGUCAUGUUAAAUUUACUUAUGGAGAAUCCUCAUUAAAUAUUAUUCCAUUUGAUAUGGAUCCUGAUAAAAAAACUGUUCGAUUGAAUCGAGAAGUUAGCAAUCGCAGGUAUAAAAUCUCUUAA